AUGGACACUGGCGGUCUUGCUCAGAUGACUUACAACUCGUCCUUCAAUAAUGGCAGCUCCCUCGGAGCCCCGGGCUCCGGCUUCGGAUCAAGGAGGAAAGGCGCUAACAUCAAACGACUGAGUGUGCCGCCUCCUCACAUCUCGACUAUUGAUGAAUCUCAGCCAUCGGGUCCGAUACCAACCCCUCGAACCAGUCGCUCACACCUUCUGGCGGGUCUGCGUACUGCUCCUAAGUCGGCUACCGUUCCUUCGGCUUCCCAACGUCAGCAGCAGUUUGGAGUGGAGGGUGACCGAUACGGCAACCAUGCGAACCGCACCGCCGAACGGGUCCCGCAGACCGCUAUGGGAACUGGUUUCCCUCGCCAUUCUUUCGGUAUGAACCAGAACCAGAAUCAGGACACAAACCAAAAUCGCCCCAUGUACACCCUACCGGAGCAGGUGCUUGCGCCCCCAACCCUCGACAUCGGCAGCGAUAUGCACAUCGACGAAAGUCUUUAUGCGGAGCUGAUGUCUACGAAUCUUUUCUUGGCUGCCCAGCAGCAGCGCCUGCAGCAACAGCUGGUCAGCGUGACCGCCGCGGCCCAGCAAUUCCAGGGCUUGAGCCUGGGAAUGCCUUUGGGAGCCCAACAGCAGCAGGAAAUUCCCUCGCUGUCAGUUCCGGGAAUGGGAUUUUAUCAGCAACAGCUUCAGCAGGGUGUGCAGCCCGUCGUGCAGCCCGUCCUCGGCCAGCCCGGGCUGUUCUCCGUUUUUAACCCUCUCACGGGCCAGCAGAACUACGUCUAUGACAAUUCUAUCCAGCAGGAUGGCUCACCGGUCCCGUAUCAGGAAGAAGAGCAGCCGCCCGCUAUGCAGGUCCCUACCUUCCGCGCUGAGGUGUCACCGCCUCCUGAGUCGACUCAUUCUUACGAGAGGUACCCCCAGCCGGUGUCUCCGCCCAGCUCCAGCCCUUCUCCCCCUCACGAAACAGUCCCGUUGCCGCCACCAUCCGCCAAUGCCUUCCGCAGGGGCCACAAGAAGAGCUCGUCGUUCAACCCAGCGUCUAAAGCGCCAAUCGACACUGCUCGGGCCAACGCCAACAGCACCAUGCCUGCCCCCAAGACCGCUACUCUGCCACAGACACCCGCCACGGGCACUUUCGGACCCGGUCAAGGGCGCGCGGGUGAGCACCCUAUGCGCCAACCGCGCGGCCCACCUUCGUUGGAGGAACUCGUUGCAAAGCCUACCUCGAAGCACGAAGGUAGCAAGAACUUCGCCACUCGACAACGUCGAAGGGCCGUCCACAAUUUGGUGCGUGCGGGAAUUGAGCGACGAGGCGAAACCCGCAGCUUCGGAUGCCACAGCAGCGGUGGUACCAACACACCGGCCAGCGAGAAGGAAUUCACGUUCUCCGACGGAGAUGAUGCCACGGUUCGCAGUGGUAGCCUCUCCAGCAAGCCGAGCCUGGGCAGUUUGCGGGCUGCAGCCAAUGGUGCGAUUGGCUCCGAGAGGAAGGAAAGAUCUUCUCGGGAGCGACGGUCGCAGGACAGCCCUUACAACACCCCCAUCAGCGAAGAUGGAGGCUUUUUUGGUGGCAAGUUUGCGGAUGUUCGAUCGGGCCAGGUCUCUCCCCCAGCGGGGUCACCUUCGGUUGCUGCUGUCGUCGCUGGCCAGAAGACGGUAGCUCAGGGUCCGGAAAGGCGCAAGACUCCGAUGCUUGUGCUGUCCAGCGCUGAAAAGCGCAAGACCCCGAUCAUGUAA